AUGACGACUUGGCCUUCUCUCAACAAUCGCUCAGUCCCUGCUGAUAAUGCGACGGGAGGGACGUCUGCUCCGGUGAUCGGCAACACCAACGCAGCGAACAUAAAUCAUCCUCCUACCACUCCUGCUACUGGAUCGAACAACAACGAGGUAACCUUCGAUCCACAAUCGCAAUCCAACCCCUAUUUUCUCCAUAUCAGUGAGAAUCCAGCCCUAGAAUUGGUUUCCACCCCCCUUGAUGGUGCGAACUACCAUUCCUGGGCUAGGGCAAUGACUAUGGCCUUGUCUUGUAAGAACAAGGUUCCAUUCAUUAAUGGAAGCAUUCAGAAACCUUCCACAGAGAAUCUGGACAGAUAUCUCACCUGGGAAAGAUGCAAUAAUAUAGUGUCUACCUGGAUUGUUCGCACUCUUUCACCAACAAUAGCACGCAGUGUGCUAUGGAUUGAUACUGCAUAUGGUAUCUGGAAUGACUUGAGAAGAAGAUUUAGCCAACAAGACUUAUUUCGGAUUGCUGAAAUCAAAUGUGAGAUUUAUCAAACCAAGCAGAAUGAUGACUCUUUAAAUGAGUAUUUUACUAGACAGAAGUUGCUGUGGGAUGAGCUGGGAAUCCUUAGACCUCAGAUAAGCUGCCUUUGCAGCACAAAAUGUGAAUGUGGGAAAAGAAUUGAUGAGCUAAAUGAACAAGCAGAGAAAGACAAGCUUUCAAUCUUUCUAAUCGGAUUGCAUGAGAAGUAUACAGGGGCUAGGAAUCAGAUUAUGUUGAUGAGACCUUUACCUGAUGUUAAUGAAGCAUAUUCUAUGAUUGCUCAACAAGAAAGACAAUUUCAUAUGGCCAGCAGUGGUUUUGGAAGCCAACUGUACCAGGCAGGAGAAAACAGUGCUGCUAGAAGUGCCCUCUUAGCCAGAUCAGAAGGGAAUUAUCAACAAGGAUUCAAGAAAGUUAACCACAAGAAGCCUGUGUGUACAUAUUGCGGCUACACAGGCCAUACUCAUGAUAAGUGCUACAAAAAACAUGGGUAUCCACCAGGGUGGAAAGCUAGGCCUAGAAACCAGUCUGUCAAUCAAACUCAAGGACCUAGCUCAGCACAACAGCACAACUCUGAAGAUAAUAAGUCUUUUACCCAAGAUGAUUUCAAGAGAUUCAUGGAAUUCAUGCAUGCUAAGAAAUCAGAUUUGGAUGGCAUGAAUUCACCACUUGAUUAUCAGCAGCCUCCUCAGGCCCUGGCCAACACUGUGGCAGUGGACUUCCAAAAGGAAGAGAUGUUGAAAAAUCAGAAAAGGGCUUAUAACAUGUUUGUUAACAUGCCAAAUGGCCAACAGGCUGCCAUUCAUUUCACAGGGACAGUAUACUUGUCUAAGGAUCUGGUGUUGCAUAAUGUUCUCUACAUUCCUGAGUUUCAUUAUAACCUCAUUUCAGUAGGGUCAUUCAUUAAAGAUUCCAACUACAUUGUGAAGAUGUAUUCUGACCAGUGUGUUAUACAGGAUGUUUCUCAUGGGAAAAUGAUUGGAAGGGCUAAGCUGAUGAAUGGACUCUAUUACUUAGUUUUUCCCUGUUUUACACAUUCUUUGUCAUCUUGCCAAGCAAAAGAGAAUUCCCUUCCAGAUUAG